ACAGCAGUCUCUUGCUGAAGAUUCUCGAGCUGUAUUGCUCAAGGCUGUUCGCAAUGCAGUCUCAAGAAAUUACCGUCACCUGAAAAGUUUCAUUGAUGCAUUGGAAAAGGCUGAAUAUGAUGAAUUAGUGGCAGAGCUAAUGAAUGACUAUCAGCAAAUUGAUAGAAGCAGUUAUGCAAGCUCCAGGAGGGAAUCAAACAGCACAGUCUUAAAAGAAAUCAUAUCUGCUAAUGGAAAGUUCACUGCCAUACGAGCCAUUUUCGAUAAAUUAUUUAAAACCAUUUGUGAAAAUGUCAAACUUCAUCGGUUCCCCUAUGAAGAUCUGAAGAAAUUCGUCAAAAAGUAUUCAGAUGGCUACCUUCCUCAAAUAUCAGAUUGUGUCACCAGUAAUGACGUCCUUGAGCUUGUAUACGACAAAUGCACAUUCAUGGAUAUCAACUAUCUAGAGGCUGUUGUUCGAGAAUUCAAAGUAAAAAGAGCUGUCGUACUUGUGCAGUGUUUUAAUACCAACAUUGAAGAGUUGUGCCAAUAUGUACCAGUUCGUAAUGUUUUGGGGGAAUAUUUUAUUCUGUCAAGAUCCAAUCAACCUCUCAGAACUGAUUUGGUCAUCAAAAUGAUUAUAGACCAGAACCCGAACCACGUUACGCUUCAAUUCAUCAAAGAUGCCAUUUCUAGCUCAUUUGGUUCGCUAGCAAAAAGUGUUCAACUCGUCAACAUCAAAGAGAUUGAUGACAUGCUCCUGGUCACUUGCUUCUUUCCCAACUGUUUGUCAGCCUCUCUUCUUGUGCCAGAGUCAGCUAUUGAGCUAAUGCAGAGGAGAGGUCUGGUUGAACUGACAAUUGAUGGCAGCGUUUACUGGAAAAAGGAGAAGGACCAUAUCAUAAUUCAAAGGACCAUUCCAAAUGACCAGCACCAAUUGGAAGAAGUGGUCAAGAAACUGGAAGAGAGUCAAAAAGAGUCGAGAAGGCUGUCCAUGGAAGUGAAGAUACUAAGAGAGGGCUUGACGCAUGAUAAUGACAAUGGAAUAGAAAUGCAAGAAACUGUUAUUGGAGAAGAUGAUGAUAAUACUGUUGAGAUGAAGGAUGCCGCUACUCAAGCCAAUAUUUGGAACAUUCGGAGGAAAAGGAUAAUAGUUGAGUUGCUCAAGGAAAGCUUAGAUCAGACCCUUGGGUUUAAGAUAGAAGAAGGACAAGGAGCAAUGUAUGAUGAUAAGGAACAUGCCGUGUUUAUUACAAAAAUAACUCCUGGUGGGCUAGCAGAGAAAGAUGGUGGACUAAAGGCUGGAGACUGCAUUGUUUCUGUUAAUGGGGUGAAUAUGAAUACAAAAGCAGAGACUUUAGCUGCAUUAACAUCCACUGCUAAUCUGUACACAAUCAUUGCAAUAAGAGAAUCGAUGUUAGAAAACAUAAAUACAGAACAAAGCCAAUGCUCAUCACCAAGCUUGGAGAGGAAAAACAAUCUAGUCAUAAGGAGACCAAUCAAGUAUCGUCCAUCAGCGCCAAGUUUUGUGAUGAAUCUCAAAAGAUGCUCCUCAUUACCAGUGGCUAUCAGCAAUGCUCAGGCAGUAUUGUAUAGAAACAAGGUUAUUGUUGGUGGGCAAGAUGUACCCACCGGAGCCGAUUAUAUACUGGAGUAUGACAUUAGAGCCGAUAACUGGCAGGUCUUCAUUAAAAGUCCUGUCCACUUGUUUGCUUUGACCGUCUUUCAAAACCAGCUCCUAGUUGUUGGUGGAUUCGACUUCAAUCAACAAAAAUAUUCAGCUCGAGUUUAUUCCCUGUACAUCGACGAGCGAAACCAUUUUCUACGCGACAACAUCAUUCCUCCUAUGCUAACAGCUCGUGCACAGGCUAGUGUUGCAAGCCAAGAUCAAAAUAUUGCAGUAGCUGGAGGAAGAGAUGCCAAAGCAAACCUGCGAUCCAUUGAAGUGUUUCAUGCGCCAACUGCACAAUGGCACACUGCUCACUCUUUGCUUGGUGGUCGAAGCUCAAUGAGAAGCAUUCUACAUAAGGGGAGCUGGUACUUGCUAGGGGGAGAUAUGGAUCCGAGUGUUCGAUCAAAGAACGUGCGAUUAAAAUUAAAAAUGUUAGCUAGCUCUGCACUUCAAAAGUAUGGUAGCAUUUCAUAUGUGAAGACCAUUCAGAAACCUGGCAAUGGUGAAGGAGCACACUCAGCAGUCGCUACAAUUAAUGACAUGGUUGUUGUCAUCGGGGCAGGAGGGACGAGGAAGAUAUACUCGCUCUGCAGAGAGGACGAUCCAAUCUCGUGGAUUGAGCUUGGGGAGUUGCCAAUAGUUUUAACGGAAUCGUGUGCAAUUACAUUGGAAGAUCGGGUUUUGCUGAUAGGAGGAAAAGACGAAUAUGGAGGGAAUACUAAUUCAGUUUAUUUGAUGUCCUUACAGACAAAAAUGGCAUAAAAAUCUAAAUUUAUGAUAUA